AGAUGAGGCCAUAACACCGACCCUCUCUUCAUUACGUUUUUCACUGAAGACAAACGACAUCCGUCAUAUUUUAUGUUUUAUUUAUGUACUUCAUGAAAGCGAACAAGCUAUAUGUUAUUGUGAAGAUAGAAAGGGGAAGAACCCUUCGAUUAGCCGGUGCAGGCUAGCUGAGUUCGCUAACUUUCCUUGCAUUGUAGCUAGCUAGCUAGGUUGUCGUCGUAGUCACUGUGCGCUACGGUUUGUUAUUUGAUAGCUGCCAAUCCUUCGUGUGUAAAUUAAUCAUGGCAACUAGGCGCUUGACCGAUGCCUUCUUAUUAAUGCGGAACAAUGCAAUCCAAAAUCGGCAUAUAUUGGCUGAGCAAGUGAGUACAUACGACCCCCGUCGUACUCUGAGUACACGUAGCAAUGCUGCGGUGAGUCUAACGUUAAUCGUCUGGAUUUGACAUUUUAUGUAUGUGUGUGUGAUGAUGGCUAACACAUUCAUAAACUAACCGUAUCUUGAUUAAGUCUCCUCGUUAGCUAACUAGCUAGUGGCCAUCUACCAAACAUUAAUCUGAUGUUGGCUACUUUCUGCGUUUAGCUGUCAAGCUAGAACGCAGCAGCUAGGUACAGUUCGCUGUCAAGCUAGAUGCGCACAUUUGCCUUGGCUUGAGUCAUGUCACAGAGGCAUGCAUUUGGAGUACUGAUGCCCUCAACUUGCAUUUCCUAUCUAGCCAACACAUUUGACCAGCUCAGUUUGCUACCAAUAAUCAAAGAGCGUGCAUUCUCCUUUGACAUGAUUACAUCAAUUGAAACAAUGCAUUUGUCAGAGUAAGAAAUGAAUUAAAAGUUUAGAUAAAGGUAGAACAUGAACUUCAAUUUAGGGGCAAUGUUCAGUACUUGAUAAAGAAGUCAUAACAGUGCAUGCUGGAAUGAGUUGGCUUGUCUUUUGUUAAACAGAUGGUCAAAUGUAACAAUUGACAUGUUGCAUUUAAUGAGGUGUUUGUUUAUAGUCUUUCUCAAACCUACAUCUAAAAAGAUGGUGCUUUGCUCUCAGUUUUAGAUUUAAUUGAUCCUGUGCUUCGUAUUGGGUUGUUAAACUGUUAUUUUAAAGGUAUUUGACAAACUUUACAUUAAUAUAGCCUUGGCCUAGUUGUUACUAAGAUAUUUGUGUAUGGUCAUUUAGAAUACCUAGUUUGCACUGUUGGUUACUGAUAUAUAUUUUCUAUUUUUCAUUAUUGACCAGGAUGCAGGGCCUUUUACAAAUGCUGUCUAUGUAAGUCUAUAAUAUCUUAGCCUAUUUAUUUUGCAUAGUUUCAAAACUCUAAACAGUUUUCCCUUUCAGUCCCUCUUUCAUUCACCCUCUUACUUUUGGGCUCGAAGGUGUUUUGACUGUGGGACCAUUAUUGUGUCUAGCAGCUUCGAAGUAGAUCUUAAAUCCAGACAUUGAAAUGCCUUCUUUUCAUCCACCUAAUUGUGGAUAGUAGCUUGGAUAGGCUACUCAGAAUUGAUCUGGCACUGACAGCACCAACGGCAACAAAAAUGAUUUAAAAAAAGUUAAUGUUUGUUCGUAUCUGAAGAGGAAGCGUUAGGCCCAAUUCAUUACAAGACAAAUCAGUCGUCUGGUGUUUUGGGGAAUGGUAAUGUUUGUUUGGAUCAAAGAGCAAAUCCAGGCUUUGAGUUUAUGAUUGAUAUAGCUUAGGUGCUCCUCCUCCUUGUUUUUAUGGCAUUAUUUCUCUUGUAUGGUGUUCUGUGUGCUCAUGCUGAGUGAUCUGCAUGCAUAUCAAAAUCCUGUUAUAAUGCUAAUUAUUGGCCUGCAUCUUUCCUUUCUCUAGGCCUAUAUGAAAUGCUUCUGUGGUUAGGAUAAUCAUUUGGGAAUCGGGGACAUAGGCUAGCCCUAUAUCUUUGCCUUCACACACACACUCAUGUCACACUUCACUGACCCAAUGUAUUUAGGCCUAGCAUAGAUUUCUCAAAGACAGACCUACAUUUUUUAAAAGAGUGAUUUUACAGGUUUGAAGAACCUCGAUUGAUAUAAAAAUGGUCAGUCACAGAAUCUGGUGACUCAAAAUGAGACAUUUUGGAACAUUUGUAUGAUCCCUCUUUAAACGGUAUCUGUGACAUUGCAUGCAAAAUGUCUGUGUGAAGCUGAUCACUGCUUUUUGUCAGGGGCUCACUUACUGUUACUUCUGUCUCACGUCAUUUAACCUCUCCCUCUCUCCUCAUUGGAUGGGACUUCGCUGGUGUCUGCCAAUCACAUUAGGAGCUUGAUGAGGUACUGUCCAAUCUCCUCUUAUCCAAACUGUACUAUUAGUCACAAGGACCUAUUUUUCUGGGGGGGAAAUAAACCAUGCGUUGUAUGGAAAGUCUGCAAACAACAAUGCUUGAAAUGGGUAGUGAUAUGCUGUGUAAUAUCUGUGAUGUUCCUGUCAGUUGGCUGAUGACCGCAUGGCCCUGGUCUCCGGGAUAAGUCUGGACCCAGAAGCUGCCAUCGGAGUCACCAAGAGACUGCCACCCAAGUGGGUAGAUGGGGUAGAUGAGGUAAGAACCAAUCACAUGCUUUCUACAUUACUUCAGUAUGAGAAGUUUUGAUUUUUGAUUUUUCUAUAGAGUGCAUUCGGAAUGAAUUCAGACCCCUUCACUUUUCCCACAUUCUUUUAACGUUACAGCCUUAUUCUAAAAUGGAUUUAAAAAAUAAUAAUUCUCAUCAAUCUACACAUAAUACCCCAUAAUGUCAAAGUGAAAACAUGUGUUUAGACGUUUUUGCAAAUGUAUUAAAAAUAUCAAAAUUGAGCUCCAGUGCGUCCUGUUUCCAUUGAUCAUCCUUGAGAUGUUUCUACAACUUGAUUGGAGUCCACCUGUGCUAAAUUCAAUUGAUUGGACAUGAUUCGGUAAGGCACACACACCUGUCUAUAUAAAGUCCCACAGUUGACAGUGCAUGUCAGAGCAAAAACCAAGCCAUGAGUUUCGAAGGAAUUGUCCGUAGAGCUCCGAGACAGAAUUGUGUCGAGGCACAGAUCUGGGAAGGGUACCAAAAAAUGUCUGCAGCAUUGAAGGUCCCCAAGAACACAGUGGCCUCCAUCAGUCUUAAAUGGAAGAAGUUUGGAACCACCAAGACUCUUCCUAGAGCUGGCCGCCCGGCUAAACUGAGCAAUCGGGGGAGAAGGGCCUUGUCAGGGAGUUGACCAAGAACCCAAUGGUUAGUCUGACAGAGCUCCAGAGUUCCUUUGUGGAGAUGGGAGAACCUUCCAGAAGGACAACCAUCUCUGCAGCACUCCACCAAUCAGGCCUUUUAUGAUAGAAUGGCCAGACGGAAGCCACUCAUCAGUAAAAGGCACAUGACAGCCCGCUUGGAGUUUGCCAAAAGGCACCUAAAGGACUCUCAGACCAUGAGAAACAAGAUUCUCUGAUCUGAUGAAACCAAGAUUGAACUCUUUGGCUUGAUUGCCAAGGGUCACGUCUGGAGGAAACCUGGCACCAUCCCUACGGUGAAGCAUGGUGGUGGCAGCAUCAUGCUGCGGGGAUGUUUUUCAGCGACAGGGACUGGGAGACUAGUCAGGAUCGAGGGAAAGAUGUACGGAGCAAAGUACAGAAAGAUCCUUGAUGAAAACAACAUUCUCCAGAGCGCUCAGGACCUCAGACUGGGGCGAAGGGUCACCUUCCAACAGGACAAUGAACCUAAGCACACAGCCAAGACAACGCAGGUCUCUGAAUGUCCUUGAGUGGCCCAGCCAGAGCCAAGACUUGAACCCGAUCGAACAUCUCUGGAGAGACCUGAAAAUAGCUGUGCGGCGGCGCUCCCCAUCCAACCCGACAGAGCUUGAGAGGAUCUGCAGAGAAGAAUGGAAGAAACUCCCCAAAUACACGUAUGCCAAGCUUGUAGCGUCAUACCCAAGAAGACUCAAGGCUGUAAUCGCUGCCAAAGGUGCUUCAACAAAGUACUGAGUAAAGGGUCUGAAUACUUAUGUAAAUGUGAUAUUUCAGUUUUGUAUUUUUAAUACAUUUGCAAAAAUUUCUAAACCAGUUUUUGCUUUGUCAUUAUGGGGUAUUAUUGUGUGUAGAUUUAUGGGGGGAAAAAAUGAUUUAAUCAAUUUUGGAAUAAGGCUUUAACGUAUCAAAAUGUGGAAAAAGUCAAGGGGUCUGAAUACACUGUAUAUAUCAUAUUUUUAUUCACAGUGAACGAAAGAUACACAUUUAAAGACAUUGUACAUUUUUCCCCUUUUUGUCCCCCCUCGACCAAUCUUUGAGGCUAAGGGAGGAUUGAUAGAUUUCCAAUCCAAUAAAAUUAUUCUGCAGGCCAACAGGGAGGAAAAGGCAAUGGCAUCUCGCUGUCUAUUGGUCAGGGAAGGAUUGUUGUUUGGUAGUCCAAAAAUAGCCUUUUCUGCACUAGGCUGCAACUCUAUAUCAAAUGCUUCAGAAAGGGUUUUAAAUAAAGUGGACCAAUAGUCUGCCAGACGGGGACAGGACCAGAACAUGUGAGUCAAGUCCACCAAGGAGCUUUUACACCUGUCACAUGUACCAUUCAUAUUUGGGUAGAAUUUGGACAAUCUGUUCUUAAUGAAAUGGAUACGGUGAAGUACCUUAAACUGUAUAAGGCUGAGCCGGGUACAAGAGGAGCUUCCAUUUACUCUAAGUAAGGCACUAUUCCAGACUUCAUCAGAGAUCUCUCCACCAAUUUCCUUUUGAGGACUUUCUUAUUAAAGGAGUAGUUUACUAUUUUACAACUUGAUGUUAGAUGGUCCCUCAUCCUGAAAGUAGUCUAUGGGUCAGGAUAAACUAAUCCAUGGUUCAGUUUUCUUUAAACAGCCACUACAAACGUCAGCUUACUUUAGCCACCACAAGCUAACAAUCAAUGGACGUGAGCAUGUAUUUUUUUGUUUUUUUCUAAUGGUCAAAUCGCCUUUUAAGUAACAUCUAACCAAAUAUGGAGUUACUUUCAGGGUGAGGAACAAUCUAACAAGUUGUAAAAUAGUGAACUAAUCCUUUACGUUUAGGCUAUUACAUAUGCCUAGUUUCACCACCAUAAUGAAACUAUUGAGCUAUAGAUACUUCAGAAAAUGUCAGCCUACUAAUAUUAGCCUAUACCAAAUUCCAAGAUCCUGUGUUAGUCUUCUUUAAAAUUGCAUUUUUAUUGGAGCUUUCAGUGCAUGUGCUGUUCUCUCGUGCAUCUGUGUUAAUCCUGUGGUUGCGUGGGCUUUCAGAUUCAGUAUGAAAUCACACGGGUCCGGCAGAAAAUGAAGGAGCUGGCCGCCCUCCAUGAUAAGCACAUGAACCGUCCCACCCUGGAUGACAGCAGUGAAGAAGAGCAUGCCAUAGAAAUCACUACUCAGGAGAUCACACAGGUUGGUCAGUGACAGAGGAGUCCAUACAAGAAACUCCAUUGAACGAACUUUGAAGCGUCACUACUAUUAUUAUCACCUAGGAUACCUACUGAGGCAAAAGGUGGCACACCUCAUAAGUGGCCUUCUGGAAAAGCCACCGCCUAUAAGGAGUGCCUAACUAUUGUUGUUAUGAAUGGAGCUCUUUGUUUGACAAUAUGAUCUAAAAAUAUUUAAGACUUGUACAUGUUUACAUUUGUGCCUUUUUAUAAGGGCCUACAGUAUACAGUGAGGGGAAAAAAGUAUUUGAUCCCCUGCUGAUUUUUUACGUUUGCCCACUGACAAAGACAUGAUCAGUCUAUAAUCUUAAUGGUAGGUUUAUUUGAACAGUGAGAGACAGAAUAACAACAACAAAAUCCAGAAAAAUGCAUGUCAAAAAUGUUAUAAAUUGAUUUGCAUUUUAAUGAGGGAAUUAAGUAUUUGACCCCUCUGCAAAACAUGAUUUAGUACUUGGUGGCAAAACCCUUGUUGGCAAUCACAGAGGUCAGACGUUUCUUGUAGUUGGCCACCAGGUUUGCACACAUCUCAGGAGGGAUUUUGUCCCACUCCUCUUUGCAGAUCUUCUCCAAGUCAUUAAGGUUUCGAGGCUGACGUUUGGCAACUCGAUCCUUCAGCUCCCUCCAUAGAUUUUCAAUGGGAUUAAGGUCUGGAGACUGGCUAGGCCACUCCAGGACCUUAAUGUGCUUCUUCUUGAGCCACUCCUUUGUUGCCUUGGCCGUGUGUUUUGGGUCAUUGUCAUGCUGGAAUACCCAUCCACGACCCAUUUUCAAUGCCCUGGCUGAGGGAAGGAGGUUCUCACCCAAGAUUUGACGGUACAUGGCCCCGUCCAUCAUCCCUUUGAUGCGGUGAAGUUGUCCUGUCCCCUUAGCAGAAAAACACCCCCAAAGCAUAAUGUUUCCACCUCCAUGUUUGACAGUGGGGAUGGUGUUCUUGGGGUCAUAGGCAGCAUUCCUCCUCCUCCAAACACGGCGAGUUGAGUUGAUGCCAAAGAGCUCAAUUUUGGUCUCAUCUGACCACAACACUUUCACCCAGUUCUUCUCUGAAUCAUUCAGAUGUUCAUUGGCAAACUUCAGACGGGCCUGUAUAUGUGCUUUCUUGAGCAGGGGGACCUUGCGGGCGCUGCAGGAUUUCAGUCCUUCACGACGUAGUGUGUUACCAAUUGUUUUCUUGGUGACUAUGGUCCCAGCUGCCUUGAGAUAAUUGACAAGAUCCUCCCGUGUAGUUCUGGGCUGAUUCCUCACCGUUCUCAUGAUCAUUGCAACUCCACGAGGUGAGAGCUUGCAUGGAGCCCCAGACCGAAGGAGAUUGACAGUUAUUUUGUGUUUCUUCCAUUUGCGAAUAAUCGCACCAAGCUGCUUGGCGAUGGUCUUGUAGCCCAUUCCAGCCUUGUGUAGGUCUACAAUCUUGUCCCUGACAUCCUUGGAGAGCUCUUUGGUCUUGGCCAUGGUGGAGAGUUUGGAAUCUGAUUGAUUGAUUGCUUCUGUGGACAGGUGUCUUUUAUACAGGUAACAAGCUGAGAUUAGGAGCACUCCCAUUAAGAGUGUGCUCCUAAUCUCAGCUCGUUACCUGUAUAAAAGACACCUGGGAGCCAGAAAUCUUUCUGAUUGAGAGGGGGUCAAAUAUUUAUUUGCCUAAUUUAAAAUGCAAAUCAAUUUAUAAAAUUUUUGACAUACGUUUUUGUUGUUGUUAUUCUGUCUCUCACUGUUCAAAUAAACCUACCAUUAAAAUUAUAGACUGAUCAUGUCUUUGUCAGUGGGCAAAUGUACAAAAUCAGCAGGGGAUCAAAUAAUUUUUCCCUUCACUGUAUGCAGCCUGCUGAUGUAAUAUAAUAAUAAUAAUAAUAAUAAUAAUAAUAAUAAUAAUUGGUCAUUUAGCAGACGCUCUUAUCCAGAGCGACUUACAGGAGCAAUUAGGGUUAAGUGCCUUGCUCAAGGGCACAUCGACAGAUUUUUCACCUAGUCGGCCAUUCUUGUGGCCAUUCUUGUUAUAUAGUAGAAUAAGAACGUAUUUUUUUUUCAGUAAGCUUUUCUGCCGUGCUCUCUCCUUUGCUUUGGUCUGUGUAGAUUAGUGGUGUGCGGGUCAGCUGUUUGUUCACCCGCACCUGCCCGCAAUUGCUAAUAACCCAUCAACAACAUAUGAUGAAGUGAAAUCUGAGGCCUGCACCCGACCCUAACCCGCAAAUAUAGAAAAUGCGCUGUAGGCUACAGUCAGAUGGCGGACCGAUUUUUUUUUUAUUUAAAAAAAAUAUAUAUUUGACAGGAGGUGCAGGAAUUUUUCUUGUAUAAUUUAGAUAUGUUUCUGCUUAUAAUUUCUGACAUUUUGGUAGGCUAUUUGUUAGUCAACUUGUCUAUAAUUAGAAACAUGCAGCUUCUCUUCUGUCAUUAUAUGUUGCCCCAGAAGACUAAAUAAACCCUUCCUCACCAGAAUAAAUUAUAAUGAAUGCUUUAAUCUAGUUGACGUCAGUAUAACGUUUUCUCUGUCAUCGCUGCUUCUUUUGUGGAGCAAAGACAUUUAGGGACCGGGAAGAAAAUGCAAUAACUCUUUCUUUGCAAAAUUUCCAAAUUACGUCAGUUUGACAGGUUGUAAGGAAAUAGAAAGCUGUGAAAACGACGCAACACGUUUCUGAUAAGAUUUCAGUUUGGCCUGGAUGCAUAUUUUAUGUGGUUGAAAUACUAUCAGCUUUUAUGAUGCUGAUUAAAGAUAGCACCUCUACAGACAGUCCCUAACUGCACAUUCAUUCGCAUUCUCUCAAGAUGCUGAAACAAAUAAUAUUUAUCUACUCCUGUUCCCAAGUCUAAAUGUACAUUUAGUGAAUCACUUUACAGCAAUAAAUGCUUAAUUAUGCAGGAGUUAAUGUUAAGACUAUGUGAGAGGUUAUAGACCUACAGUCAGUUUCCAGAUUUCAGUUUCCAUUUCACCCAUCUACCCCAGUAGGCUACAGUUGCAUUGACGUGCCAUAGGCCUAUUUGAAGUUCCCGUCUUGUGACUGUCAAAUUUGUAUAGCACCUCAGAAUCAUCACACACAGCAUAGGCACUGCUAUCGUCCUCUUUUACCAUCUUUCCCAAACAUUCGUUUUCUGGCCAUCUUUUCUUUAUUUUCAACUCUCCAUUUCGCAGCUUUUCUCUUAUUUCUCUGACAUUGUCCUUUUUGCCUCAGUGGAUGACAUUAACUUUUUCUGCCCGUUCCCAAAAGCGUUUGGUGAUUGGCAUGUAGGCUAUUUGGCACGCGUAAAGUUUACGCACUAAUGCCAGAUAGCCUAAAAAUAAUGAAAUAAAAACCUCAAUGUAGCCUAUAGAUAUAAAUUGCACAAGAAUUAUACAUUUAUGGAUUUAUUUUCUCUUUAUUCAACCUGACGCCACCCGCCCGCCAUUCAUCCACACAAUAUUGAAUGACCCUAAACGCGCCCGCCCUACGGAUAUAACCACGGGAACUGUGGGUUGAGUCAACCCGUACAUCACUAGUGUAAUGUUCAUUAUUUAUUUUUGAAUUUAAAUUGAACAAAGGUCAAAUGUUUUUCUCUAAUAUGGCAAAGAUAUAUUGAGUGCUCUCUCCUUUGCCGGUGUGUGUAGAUGUUCCACCGGUGUCAGCGUGCGGUGACAGGUCUGCAGUCUCGCUGUGGCCACUGCACAGAGCAGGAGGAGAGGCUUUUGAGAAACGUGGUGUCCUCAUUGGCAGGGAGCCUGCAGGAGCUGUCCACCAACUUCAGACACACACAGUCCAGUUACCUGAAACGUAAGCGAGCACUCACUCAAACUGAACGGUGGUAUUUCACUUGUUACUGUAUUUACUCCUAUACCUCGCAGCUAUCUUCAUUUUUUCCUUUCCAUUAGUUUCCAUAUUCCAUCCCUCACUUCUCUCUCCUUGCACGAACUGGCACACAUACACCAAACACACACACUCUUCAUUUCUCUCGUCUUUGGUUUCACCUCCACCCUCAUCAUGUCUCUUUUAUUGUCAUAAUGUUGAUGUUUUCUGUUACAGGCAUGAAGAAUCGUGAGGAGAGAUCCAAGCACUUUUUUGACUCCGGCCCUCUAAUGGAGGAGGAUGAAGACAUAGCACUAUAUGACAGGGUGAGCUUGGAACUGACAGUGUAUUUUGACAUUUCCCUGAUCAGCAUCGGUGCUUAUACAUAUCUCUCGGGAAAAAUAUAAUAUCCAGGUGUAAUAAAUUAUAUAUAAUAUAGAAAUGCAUGUUUUUGUCUGCGAAUGUAAGAUACAGUAGGCAGGGCAAACCAGUUUUGGUGAUUUCUGGUAUAUCAAAAUAAAUCAAUCACAGCAUGUUUUUGGGCACAUUCAGCAGUUUUUACCUGGUUAAGUACAAUACCAUUGGAAAUUAAUGUUGAAAGUUCCAUUUAUAUUCUUAAAACUUAAGUUGAAAAUGAUGCUGUCGCUGCUUCCUGUUGACAAGACAUUUUGAUAAAUAGCCCAAUGUCAAAACUGUUUGUGUCCAAAUCGAUAACCAAUAUGCAGGAACAGUUUGUGAUAUAUUGAAAAUCUAAACAGCGCCUUAUAAACACACUAAUUAACUCUGCGUUCUAAGUCCUGCGCACCCCAGCGCGUGUGACAAAAUCAACGGUACAAAACCAAAGAUAUUUAUCUGUUUUAAGCAAUCGAUCUUAUGUCAUCGUGAUGACUAUAAACUUUUAUACUAACAUCACCAAUCUGCGGUAAAAAGGACGUGUAAUUCCACAAUAUUUUAUGAGGUGAAAAUGCAAGCUUGUGUACAGUAGUAACACAAACUGUCCACAUUAGGGAAAUUAGCACAAUAUAAGUUAAUAUGGCAAAAUAAUUAAACAUGUCAAUUUUAAGAUGAUAGUAUAAGUUUCCCUCUCACAAACUAUUGCAACAAUGCCUCUAUUUCUCCCUCAUUUAACCAUUAUAGAGUAAAAAAUGUCUUAACACAAUUUAACUGGCCGCUCUAGACUAGAGCCUCCGUAGUGUCUGAACGUUUGACGUCCCGAAUUCACUUAGUAAGGGAUGGAUCGGAAUUUACAUAAUGGGUACUUGGAGGAAAAUUAGGGAGGGUCAUGCUUUUUCAAUUUCCAUCAAGGGGAGGGUUUAGUAUUUUUUUUUUUUAAAUCUAGUUUAAGGGAGGUUCAUGUAAUUUGUAAUUUAUGAAAUUCUUAUAAAUAUUGCACGCGGACUAGCAUAUAGUGUAUGUUCAGUUUGAGAAGGAGAGCGCGAAGAUGAUGUGUACCAGAGGUCAACUUUGAUACCUUGUACUACUAUAAUAGAUUUUUAUUAAAAACAAUAUGUUUCUUGCCCAUUAUGUAUUUAUCAGAGUUAUUGACCUCACAAUAAGCAUUUACAUUACAUUUACAUUUUAGUCAUUUAGCAGACUCUCUUAUCCAGAGCGACUUACAGUUAGUGAAUACAUCUUUUUUUAUACUGGCCCCCCGUGGGAAUCGAACCCGCAACCCUGGCGCUGCAAACGCCAUGCUCUAUCAACUGAGCUACAUCCCUGCCGGCCAUUCCCUCCCCUACCCUGGACGACGCUGGGCCAAUUGUGCGCCGCCCAUGAGUCUCCUGGUCGCGGCCGGCUGCGACAGAGCCUGGAUUCGAACCAGGAUCUCUAGUGGCACAGUUAGCACUGCGAUGCAGUGCCUUAGACCACUGCGCCACUCAGGAGCCAAGUCCAUAUCACCUAUUUAUAUCAUGUGUGACUCAUGUCACCAUUUGAAAGCUUUCAAGCAAUUAAUAAAUGUAUUCUCUGAACAUCCAACAACACUAUCCAAUAGCAGGGUGUGUAUCUCAGUGUGUGUGUGUGUGGAGGCUGUUAUGACACAGAUUCGAGUAACUUACAUUGUGGUGCUGAAACUUGUAGCAUCAACCGCGGCACAAUCAAUCGGAAAUGGACUGCUCAUGGUGCUGAAAGUAGGCAAAUUCAAGUAGGCAUAAUUUUUUAUUUAAUUUUAUUUCACCUUUUAUUUCACCAGGUAAGCCAGUUGAGAACAAGUUCUCAUUUCCAACUGCGACCUGGCCAAGAUAAAGCAAAGCAGUGCGAUUAAAAACAACAACACAGAGUUACAUAUGGGGUAAACGAAACAUAAAGUCAAAAAUACAAACAGAAAAUAUAUAUACAGUGUGUGCGAAUGUAGUAAGUUAUGGAGGUAAGGCAAUAAAUAGGCCAUAGUGCAAAUUAGUUACAAUUUCGUAUUAACACUGGAAUGAUAGAUGUGCAAAAGAUGAUGUGCAAAUAGAGGUACUGGGGUGCAAAUUAGCAAAAUAAAUAACAAUAUGGGGAUGAGGUAGUUGGGUGGGCUAAUUUCAGAAUGGCUGUGUACAGGUGCAGUGAUCGGUAAGCUGCUCUGACAACUGACGCUUAAAUUUAGUAAGGGAGAUAAGAGUCUCCAGCUUCAGAGAUUUUUGCAGUUCGUUCCAGUUGCAUCCAAAGAACACCAUACCUACUGUGAAGCAUGGGGGUGGAAACAUCAUGCUUUGGGGCUGUUUUUCUGCAAAGGGACCAGGACGACUGAUCCGUGUAAAGGAAAGAAUGAAUGGGGCCAUGUAUCGUGAGAUUUUGAGUGAAAACCUCCUUCCAUCAGCAAGGGCAUUGAAGAUGAAACGUGGCUGGGUCUUUCAGCAUGACAAUGAUCCCAAACACACUGCCCGGGCAACGAAGGAGUGGCUUCGUAAGAAGCAUUUCAAGGUCCUGGAGUGGCCUAGCCAGUCUUCAGAUCUCAACCCCAUAGAAAAUCUUUGGAGGGAGUUGAAUGUCCGUGUUGCCCAGCGACAGCCCCAAAACAUCACUGCUCUAGAGGAGAUCUGCAUAGAGGAAUGGCCCAAAAUACCAGCAACAGUGUGUGAAAACCUUGUGAAGACUUACAGAAAACGUUUGACCUGUGUCAUUGCCAACAAAGGGUAUAUAACAAAGUAUUGAGAAACUUUUGUUAUUGACCAAAUACUUAUUUUCCACCAUAAUUUGCAAAUAAAUUCAUUAAAAAUCCUACAAUGUGAUUUUCUGGAAUAGUUUUUCUCAUUUUGUCUGUCAUAGUUGACGUGUACCUAUGAUGAAAAUUACAGGCCUCUCUCAUCUUUUUAAGUUGGAGAACUUGCACAAUUGGUGGCUGACUAAAUACUUUUUUUCCCCCACUGUAUAUACACAGAGAAUAGUCGGCCCGAGAAUUGAACCCUGUGGCACCCCCAUAGAGACGGCCAGAGGUCCAGACAACAGGCCUUUCCGAUUUGACACAUUGAACUCUAUCUGAGAAGUAGUUGGUGAACCAGGCGAGGCAGUCAUUAGAGAAACCAAGGCUAUUUAGUCUGCCAAUAAGAAUGCGGUGGUUGACAGAGUCAAAAGCCUUGGCCAGGUCGAUGAAGACGGCUGCGCAGUACUGUCUUUUAUCGAUCGCGGUUAUAAUAUCGUUUAGGACCUUGAGCGUGGCUGAGGUGCACCCAUGACCAGCUCAGAAACUGGAUUGCAUAGUGGAGAAGGUACAGUGGUAUUCGAAAUGUUCGGUGAUCUGUUUGUUAACUUGGCUUUCAAAUACUUUCGAAAGGCAGGGCAGGAUGGAUAUAGGUCUGUAACAGUUUGGAUCUAGAGUGUCACCCCCUUUGAAGAGGGGGAUGACCGCGGUAGCUUUCCAAUCACUGGGGAUGUCAGAUGUUACGAAAGAGAAGUUGAACAGGCUAGAAAUAGGGGUUGCGACAAUUUCGGCGGCCAAUUUUAGAAAGAAAGGGUCCAGAUUGUCUAGCCCAGCUGAUUUGUAGGGGUCCAGAUUUUUCAGCUCUUUCAGAACAUCAGCUGUCUGAAUUUGUGUGAAGGAGAAGCGGGGGGGGGGCAUGGGCAAGUUGCAGCGGAGGGUGCAGAGCUGGUGGCCGGGGUAGUGGUAGCCAGGUGGAAAGCAUUGGCCAGCCGUAGCAAAAUGCUUGUUGAAAUUCUCGAUUAUUGUAGAUUUAUCGGUGGUGACAUUGUUUCCUAGCCUCAGUGCAGUGGGCAGCUGGGAGGAGGUGCUCUUAUUUUCCAUGGACUUUAGUGUCCCAAAACUAUUUGGAGUUAGUGCUAUAAUUCAUUUCAACAGUCUUCAUUUUAAUUACACAUUACUAACAACAAGAGGGCUUUAUGUUGGAGCUUAUUUCUUCCUGUUUAAUAAAUAAGAGGUAGGCCUACGAAAUUAGGCUAUAGGAUGCUAUAUCCAUAGAUUUGUUGGUCAAUUCCUCCACCCACCAUGCACUCUUUAAAUAGCCUACCUCAGUGUCAGUGAAGGGCUGUUAAGUUAAAACCAAGACUCGAAUUGAGGGGGUAUGAGAGGGUAGGCCAUAGGCCUACUUUUUUAUUAAAGAAAAUGGUAAAAAGCAUAGGCCUACCCCUUGUUAGCUUAAGAUUUUAAAGAAAAUAAAACUGAUCCAAUUAUAUAAAGUAAUCUAUAACAGCGCCUGACAUUGAGGCUGAGCUACAACCUUCUAUAGCCGAGGAGACAAAACAUGUACUUUACUUGGAAAGUAAUCCAAUUCUGUCACUAUCAAUUGAUUUAAACUAUUCACUUUCUGUACAAUAGAAGAUGUUUAAACCCAGACAGCUUUUAGGGAAACACUUGGGUUAAGCCUUGAAAGAAGAGUAGCCAGCCGUUAAAGCUUACAUUUUUCUGCAUCGGUAGGCCUACCUACUCUGUCUGGGGUGGAAGGUACCAUGCUCAGAUUCCUAAUGACGUCUCAGAUUUCAUUAUUUGCAAACAGGGACAGUUUAAUUGCAAACAAGACGCACUGAUUUGGCAUUGGAGAAAUAUGAUAAGAUGUCCAUUCUUAGACUGUAAUUUCAGUCAUUUGUGUGGUAUUAAAAAAGAUUCUGCUAAUAUGUCAAAUAUAAUUGCAUGAAAUGUUUAUAAAAGGCUUUUUUUUUCUCUGACCUGCAAAUAAAAUGAUAGAUUAAUGCAAUGAUUUUACUAUGAAGGAGAUCUUUCCAUCCCUACUCUUGUCCAUGGUGGUCUGCGAACCCACAACCUUCAAAAUUCCUGCGUUUCCAUGUAAUGCAUACAGUACGAAGAACAGUUUCUAAAACUGCAUAUCUAAGGCUCUGGUCUGUCCAAGAAGUGAGGUUAAAAGGUAAACAUGUUCUCUGCUAUCCACUUUGUUUUAAUUAUUUUUUGUUGUUUUUUUCAAGCGUUCAGGGAGGGUUUAGGUAAAAUAUAUUAUGUUGAAGGGAGGGCCAUCCAUUUUCAUUUCAGAGAGGUCCGAUUUUCUCCACGUAACCCUUAUUAUAAAUAACCUUCACUCCCUAACAAGAAUGUGAGUUUCACUAAGUUGACUUGUUGAAGCCUCAUGAAAAUCGGCGGGGAGGAAAAAACCCUGUGUUCUUUGUUGUGCUUUAUCUUGAUGUAACAGGAAGUCACCCUUACAUUUUAACAAUACUCCUCUGAUUCAUCUGAUACCACAUGAUUUAUGUGGACAUCCACCAAAACGUUUACAUACCUUCAGUUUCUUUUCCUGAGAUGGGCAAAAUAACAUUUAUUUUUAAAGGAUUCCUCUUUUGCUGUGAGAUAAGCAAUAAAAUGCCAAGCCGUUUACUAAAGCAAUGCAAUUGUGUAAUCAGUUCGAAAGGUGCAAUGAGAACCUGGUCAAAAGUAGUGUGCUAUGAAGUGUUGAGAAAUAACUUGUUCCAAGGAUCAGGCAGAACUCAUUUUCCAGUUUAUAAGAGUUACUGGACAGCAGGGGAAAUUACCAGUGAAUAGCUCUAUUCAACUCAAGCAUUUUCAUAGUAAAUUUAGACUGUAACAAAACAAUUUUUCCCCCACAGAAGGGAAUAGGGUGCCAUUUGGAACGUAGACAAAGUUCUAUUCAGUGAGCCCAUAUUUCUGAUCUCUCCCAGGGGUUUACAGAUGACCAGCUGGUCCUGGUAGAGCAGAACACAGUGAUGGUGGAGGAACGCGAGAGAGAGGUCAGACAGAUAGUCCAGUCCAUCUCUGACCUGAAUGAGAUUUUCCGAGACCUGGCUGGAAUGGUGGUGGAACAGGUCUGUGAGGGAAACCCUAUUCAGUGUUUGGAAACAUAACAACACCAUCAUGUGUCAGUAUGGCCCAUGGAUAUAUGACUUUAUGUCUUCCCAACUGAUUGUUUCUUUCUUUGUCCAAUAUCAGGGCACAGUACUUGACAGAAUUGACUUCAAUGUGGAGCAAUCGUGUGUCAAAACAGAAGAGGGGUUGAAACAGUUACAAAAGGUGAGGACACAACGUUAAAGAUUGUUGAUGUUUCAGAUGUGUGUAGUGCACAAUGGUUAAAACGAAGCCCAAUUGAUGAUGUCCACGACAAGGGGAAAUGUGUUAUCUUGCCCGCAAACUUAAUUAUAACAUUUUCUCUCUGAUUUCUUUCAGGCUGAACAGUAUCAGAAGAAAAACCGAAAGAUGCUGGUCAUUUUAAUCCUUACCGUAAUAGUUGUUGUUCUAAUACUUAUUCUAUUUGGGACAAAGUUCUAGUGAUGCAUUCCUUUGCUUUUGGUAUGUCUGUGUGUCUGUUUGGUGUGCAUAUGUGUGCUUGUAUGAGGGUCUUCUCUGUACUUCAAACAAUGCUGACUACCUGUCCAACUUUCCAAUCACCCUUCCAAAAUCUCUCGCUGUAUGGCUCAUGGAGAUGUGUUGAAUGCAUGAUCCUUAAGAGAGGACAGCCAGGGAGAGUUCCUAUUUAACUUUGGAACAGGCCUGCACACAUGCCCACUGUCUGCCCCAAUACACUCUUGAACAUAUCCUCCAUGUGUCAUGGUACUGCUACAAACAAACACAGAAAAAACACUCCUUAAAUUUCCUUGUGGUCGACUACUGAUUGUCAUGGCCAUACGUUUUGCUUUGUUUUUGGAGAAAAUAAGUGGUUUUCUUGUGAUAGUAAGCAUCAUCUGUCCAGUUUUAUUGUAAGCUAUAGUUGUAAGCCCUGCUUUCCCAUGUCUGUUAUUCCAAUAGAAUAAUUCUGACAACUCAGCUACUGCACAGGUGAAUACUGAAUGUCUAUGAACAUUUGUGUCUCGUGGUGUUGCUUUUACGGACCCUGGUCAUUGCAGACACUUGAUUCGUUGUGCAUUUGUUUCAUUUUCUGCUUUAUCAUGUUUCCUUUUUUAAAGAGGGAGAAAUUACAAGGGUUUUUGUGUCUCUCAGUGACUGAAGAACUACAAUACUGAUUCAUUGAUCACCAAAACUUCCUUUUGGAUUCAGAGCUGUACUUGACCAUCCUAAAUUCAUGUCUCUGUACCAACAGCAGUGUCUUUCAUGAUGUUGCACAUUUUAGAUCACUUGAUGACUGCUUUCUCUUGUUUCACGACCCUUUAUAUUGUUCGGUAUCGCUAACUGAUACAUCAGUUGAGUUUAUUAUUUAGUAUU